AUGCCGGCCUCUACAGAUCGCCGCCGGCCUCGCAGGGGAACAGCGGUAGCGCCGCUGGGCUCUCUCCUGGUGCUCUUCCUCCCCGGCUUCUGCAACCCGCUCGCCCACGCUUCUCCCUCAACCUCCUCUGUAAGACUCUCUCCACGCUUCUCUCUCUCUCUCUCUCUCUCUCGCCAUAUAUAUAUAUAUAUAUAUAUAUAUAUAUAUAUAUAUAUCCAUCUAUCUAUCUCUGGGCUAGCGAGGAGCCCACGUACCCCCACAGGGCCGGCCAAAAAGAUGACUGGAACUGCUCCAUGAACGCCUUCUUGAACCGGACUACAAGAAUAUAACAUAAAUAAAAAUAUCAUAUGAUAAUUAUAAUCAGUUAGGCCCAGCGGUCUCCCAAGGUUCUUGGCCCGCAUGGAGAUUUACAUGCGUGAAUCACAUGGGCUUUCGCCGCGCAGGGAUGGCAUCCUCCUCCCACCCCCUCCACGCACAGGCCUCUGCUGAAUGGAGCAUUGGAGACUCAAGAGGUAGGUCACUGCGCCGCCGCCCAUUCUUCCCGCUCUCGGCGGGUGGGUAAUCGCCUCUUCCUCAUCUUCUUCUUCAGACUGACGGGGGAGUUUCUAGCUGGUGGUCUCCUUGGCCGUCUCAAGGCUGGGGGCCUUGCGUUGGUCCCAAAGCCACGCCCGGUGAGUCAAAUAAAUAAAGAAAUAAAUUUUAUUUGAUUGGGGGCCCAUCUGAUUAUCUCCUCCUUCUCUGUGCCCUGGUCAACUAGUUCUGCCCAAGAACACGCCGGGGUUCGUCCAAGUUUUCCUCGACGGGGGGAUCAGCCAACAGAGAAUGGGGGUGAGCGACCCAAACUGCUUCCCCAUGCAUCAUCCAUGUGCAUGAUUUGCGUCACCUCGGAGUUCUUUAAGAAGUAACACGCCGGCGGCGGCCAAGAAUGUGUUUUCUCUCUCAGAUCUGUGAUGCGGUCGCGGUGGCCAAGAUCCUGAAUGCGACGUUGGUCGUCCCCCAUCUUGAAGUCAACCCGGUUUGGAAGGAUUCAAGGUGCUACUACUCAGCCGGAACUGGGUCUCCUCCACCAGAGAACAAGAAGAAGAAGAAAAAAGAAGGAAAAGCAUCUCUCUGAUGAACGGACCCCCCGCUGUGUUCUUUCUCCGCAGCACGUUUGGUGAUAUCUUCGACGUGGACAAGUUCAUCGAGGUGUUGGAGGAUGAGGUUCCCAUAGUGAGAUCCCUGCCUGAGGAGUAUUCUUGGAGCACGAGGGAGUACUACGCCAUGGGCAUCCGCGCCACGAGGAUCAAGACGGCUCCUGUUCGUGCUUCUGCCGACUGGUACCUGGAGAACGUCUUGCCGGUUCUGAGGAGGUAAGGCUGAGCUUCUCCGAGCUGGGGACGAAUAGCUAGUUCUCCCCCCCACCCCACAUGGUUAAUCAUAUGAUCAUAUCAGUGGUUGACUGCAUUGAAUGGGUAGCUCAUGGGGAGGGAGGCGAUCAUAUCAGUGUUUUGUUAUUUUUCUUCCUCUGCUUGGGCUGAUAAGAUAUGUGGGCCUCCCCGUUUGGUUUCACCUUCAGGUACGGAAUCGCUGCCAUCUCCCCGUUUUCGCACCGCCUGGCUUUCCACAACUUGCCCGAGGGCAUUCAGCAGCUGCGCUGCAAGGUCAACUUCCAGGCGUUGACUUUUGUACCCCACAUCGUAGACUUGGGGGAGGCUCUGGUGGAGCGUUUGAGAAAUCCCGUCCACUUGGAAACAAGGGUAGCCAGUGAAUCCCCACAAGGACCGUCAAAUAAGAGCGCCGGCAGAUUUGUUGCACUGCAUCUUAGAUUCGACAAGGUAAAUUCUAUGUUCUUGGCUCCCCCCCCCCCUCCCUCCACAGAAAAAAAAGAGAAAAAAGAAGCAGGAAGAAAACCCAAUAAGUCAACUCUAAAAUUGAGCCCAUGGUCUAGAGAUUCUCAGGAAAGGGACCGUGCGUUUCUGCCCAUUGUUCAAGGUUUCCACUGAACAGGACAUGGUGGCACAUUCGGCCUGUGAUUUCGGCGGCGGCAAAGCUGAGAAGCUUGCACUGGCGAGGUAUAGGAAGCAUCUCUGGCACGGGAGACUUCUAAACUCUCAGUUCACCAACAAGGAGCUGAGGAAGAAGGGGCGGUGCCCAUUGACUCCAGAGGAGAUCGGCCUGAUGCUGGCAGCCAUGGGGUUUGACGGGCACACUCGCCUCUUCCUUGCCACCCACAAGGUUUCUCCUUCUUCUAAACUAUGCUCUAGCAGGGGGGGAGUCAAUGAACUAUGCUCCACAGGUGUAUGGGGGGAGGGCCCAGUUGGCGCCUCUGAGGAAGCUCUUCCCAUUGAUGGAGGACAAGAGGAGCCUGGCUUCGGAGGAGGAGCUGGGGAGGGUCAACGGGAGGGCCUCCCUUCUGGCUGCGGUGGACUAUUACGUGAGCAUCCACAGCGACAUCUUCGUCUCGGCCUCGCCUAGCAACAUGCACAAUGCAGUGGUAAUGUAGAUUCUUCCCCAGGCCAUCCACAAAGCGACCACAAGGUCCUCUCCAUAUCCUAACAAUCGUUGACUGCCCCAAACAAAGGUUGGCUCUCGGACAUAUGGGGGAUUGAAGACGAUACGCCCGGACAUGGCCUUGCUGGGCCGACUCUUCCUCAACAAGACUCUCGGGUGGGAGGAGUUUCGGAGGAUGGUGCGGGCAGGGCACGGCAGCGGGCAACGGCAGAUCACGCUGAGGAUGGAGAAGCAGUCUAUCUAUACAUACCCUGCCCCAGAUUGCAUGUGUCGUGUUUAG